AACGGUCACAUUUUCCUCCUUACAUUAAAAAAAAAAUAUCUCCCGCCCCGUCUUUCGUGUUUUGCCGCUUCUUUCUCCUUGUUCUUCUACUAAAUCCGAUUUUCUUGUUUGAUCGGUUAUUAUGAUCGCCGCAGGGGCCAAAUCACUUCUAGGGCUUUCGGUUGCGUCGCCGAGAGGAUUUCCAGGCAGCAAUUCGUUGAGCAAUCCGAGAUCUGUGGGUGUUGUUCGUGUUUCUUCGUCGUCCAUGGAUGGUUCGCAGACGGGGAGCCUUUGCACGAAUGGAUCUCUUCUCGACGAGAAAUUGGUGAACGGGCAUGCGGGGAAAAAUCAUGGUCCCUUAUCUACGGUCGGAAACUCGACCAAUAUAAAGUGGCAUGAUUGCCCGGUUGAGAAAAUCGACCGACAGAGAUUGCUUGGCCAAAAAGGAUGCGUCAUUUGGAUCACAGGUCUCAGUGGUUCAGGGAAGAGCACGGUGGCUUGUGCUUUGAGCCAGAUCUUGUAUCGAAAAGGCAAAUUGUGUUAUGUCCUUGACGGGGAUAACGUAAGGCACGGAUUAAACCGCGAUCUGAGCUUUAAAGCCGAAGACCGAGCAGAGAACAUUAGAAGAGUUGGGGAAGUGGCCAAGCUUUUUGCAGAUGCUGGAAUCAUCUGUGUUGCCAGCCUGAUAUCUCCCUACAGAAGGGACAGAGAUGCUUGUCGCAAUUUAUUACCAGACGGAGAUUUUGUCGAGGUUUUCAUGGAUGUACCGCUUGAAGUUUGCGAGGCAAGGGAUCCAAAGGGUUUAUACAAGCUCGCCCGUGCAGGAAAGAUCAAAGGAUUUACGGGUAUAGACGAUCCUUACGAGCCGCCAUUGAAUUGUGAGAUUGCUCUGAAACACAAAUCAUCAGGGAAUUUGCCGAUGGAAAUGGCUGAAACAGUCGUAGGAUACUUGGAGAAGAAAGGGUACCUUGGAGCAUAAGCAACUCAAUUGCUUCCAUUGGCAUCAAAAUAAUAGUUCAAGAAAGGAUGAAGCAAAAUAAAAAUAAAAAUCCAUGACUGCGUUAUCAAAUGAAAAAAUUCCAUACAUCAUAAUAGUUUUACUUUUAAUAAUAUUCUUCAUCAUCAUUUUAUAUUCUUCCUCCUCUUAUGGCUUUGUACAUAGGUAAAAGAUGUCAGUCCAUCCUAAAUAUUAUGUGCAUCCUCUCAUAUUGUAACGCACUUUUUGUAUACAAUAAGUGAAAAAGUGGAAUUUUCACGUCCUGUCA